AGCAGCCAAUAAGUAAGUUAGCUACAGUAGCAGGAGGCCUCGAUUAUGCUUCAGCAGUUGGAAAGCUUCUUUUUUCGGAUACAACAGCCGAUGGUAUCACCUCUUAGCCAUCUUUUGUGGCUUUGACAGUUUAAAGGGACCAAGCAUUGACCAAGAUCCACGGCAGACUCGACGGAAAGGUUCGGUAGGUUAGGUAGGUACUUUAGUAGCUGCUUGUUUCAACUUGGCUCCUAUUGGAAUGGAAUCUUACAUGGACCACGGAUUGAUUGCAUUGGCCUUGGACCCGCCGCCACGAAAAGCUGUAGGCAAGGAAAGAUGCGAACAAAAAGCUUAAAUAAAAGCCAAGCCCAAAGCAUGCAACACCAAAAAGAGACGAAUUCGAUCUCAAUGUUUCUCGCCAUUGACUACCUCUAUCCUAUCCUCUCGGGUGAUUGACCAUGGAGCCAACAGCAGAGGAUAGACACAACAAUCCACACUCGGCUCACGAGCUCGAGAGGUUUCACACGCCAAAAGAAGAGUUCCAGACUCAACCACAUCAUGGCUACCAACGAGAUGAAUCGAACCCCCUCUGCAGGUCAAACUCAUCGCCAACGCCAGGCUCACCACAACAAUCCGACAAGGCAUUACACCAUCGACGACCAAGCAGGGCAGUUGCACUAGAGAAGCUUCGAAAUCGCCCGAAAAAGCUACGCAAGGCUCUGAUUGCAAACAUCUUGAGAUGGUUUGCUUCAGUGCUGUUUGUCGUUGCCAUUUACGUGAUAUUAUGGUACUACUCAAAGCUAGAUAUCAUGUCAACAACGACAAAACGAGAAUUCAAUGCUCUCAUUAUCGGACUCUCCCUCGGCCUUGGAAUGAGCAUAACGAUAUCUCUCGAGGCAAUGGCUGUGGAGAUUAGAUAUUGGAUCAUCAGUCUUCGAGAUUGGCCAGAUCGAGAGACCGAGUUGAUACUAAAAGCAAAAGACUUGACCAAGAUCAUCCAACUGACUUGGGUAUCCAAAUCACGUUCACUGCGGUCAUACGCUGUGGCUUUCAUAAUACUCAACAUAAUAUCACAGAUUGCUCUAGCUAUGCUCGGUCUCGUCUACUCUACAAACACAGCUGACUCGGCUGCAAUUCUACACCCUGGCAAUGUCACAGUACCAGACAUGUCCAACAUCGUCACGAACAGAGUCCUCGCAAACAAGUCGCAAAACAACUCACAAGCGCUCGGUGCCUUACGAUACACUGCAAACAGUUAUGGCACUAUCGCCCUUGGAGCGAACUGGGGAGGCAUGGACGAUAUCCCUAAACCUGGAACACUCUGGGACAACAACGAUCCUUUGGCGUACUGCGGCGGAAAUUCUUGCACAUACGUCUUCCAGGAAUCCACGUCACGACCCAAGAACUACGAUCUCGUGGUGAGCACCAACCGAAGCGUUGAAGCCACGGGGAAUUGCCGCAGCUGGAAAGUCGCAAAGGGAGGUGACGGAAACGAAAUCACCAUCACAAUCGACGACGGCAGGAAAACACAAGUCAACAUAACAGCCAUAAACGGCGCCAACCAAACAACAUUCAUGUUCAACGCCGCGGCACCCCAAGGCCAAACAUGGAGCGAAGUCGCAGCCUUUGAAGCCUCAAGCUCCCAAGCAUGGUUCUACCGCUGCAACGUCAGUAUCGGACCUGUCGCCAACGCCAUGCGCAAGGAGCACUACAUCGGAACCAACAUCACAUCUCUCGCCACUUCAGCUAUAGCGCUCCAAGGAUACGGAGCUUCUUCGCUGGGUCCCACGGAUAGCGAUCGACAGUUCCAGAGCUAUCCUGCCGAGUCGUCGUAUGGGCAGCCCAUGAAUGGGAGCACAGAAGACAUGGGACAGGUGAUGUCGACUUUUGCGAUCGGUGUAAUAGCUGUUACGGCCCAGUCUGCUGCUGGCAUAAUAGUCCCGGGGAUGCAGCCUCAGAAUGGUGUUGUGUUGCAGAUUACAAAGUGGAUGUAUGUCCAUCUCAUCUUAGGCUUGAGUUUGGGUGUGCAGUUGUUAUUGGGCGUUGGUAUUGCGAUACUGUCCAACUUACCUUCGAGGUAGUGGUUACAACAUUUAAAAGUGUAAUGAUGUUUGCUUUGGAUUCUGGGUAUAUAGGCAAGCGAAUAAUGAUGAUAUUUGGUCUAAUCUUUAAAUUCCAUGGGCCAUGUUCUCCACGU